UGCGCCGCCAUGUUGAAAAUUGAGUUGGGAAGUUGCGACUCGCCAGGCAGUCCGGGCCAUUCUUCAACACGCCACAUUUGGAUUAGCUAAUUGUGAGCUACCGAGGAAAUAAUCAUACAGUGGGACAUCUGUAACCCACGAUCACCUGUCUAUAUCAACGCUACACUGUCCACGUUUGAGAAGAACGGUCUAAAUUCUGCAUCAUCUGGACCUCAUUCCUAACAUUCCACUUACCACACAACACGCAUAACACAAUGAUAACCAGGAGAAGAGGCAAUUGCAACACUGCAGUGACGUCCCUGGAGGUUGAAGUGAGCAGUGCUGUGAAAACUAUAGAAGAUCUCCCAAGUUUCCCUGAGGAGUUCCCAGCUGAUGAUUUUGACAAAAUGGAGAAGGACCUCGACGAGCAGUUGGGAAUAGAAGACCUGGAAUGGAUUCUUGAGCGAGAGACAACCUUGCCAGUCUUUGACACUGAUCUUGGUCAUCUUUACAGCGCCAAGAAUCAAGAUUCCGGAGCUGAAGUGUCAUCUGCCCUGAAGAUGAGGAACAAGCAACAGCAAGCAAGCCAAGUGAUCAACAAAAAUGCAGUCGCUGCUAGGUUAAAUCGUCUUAAAAAGAAAGAAUAUGUUCACAGCCUGGAAGAAAAAGUGGACAUCAUGUCCACGGAAAACAGCAUGCUCAAAGCAGAAAAUUCUCAUCUGACCAAAAGAGUGGAGGAAUUGGAAGAUGAGACCAGGGCGCCGACUCAAACGAGCACGACUACGCUCUGCCACGGAAACGUGUGAAAGUGGAGGAGAAAGAGACAUCCGGUGGCGUGUGCCUCCACGUGGACAAGAACCAUGUCUCAGUGGAGUUCUGCACUAAGUGUGCAGCAAGUGCAAGCACAUCUCUUAAAAUUUUCUUCUAGGUAAUGGUUGAUCUACCAUGAGGGAUGAAUGGCUUUCUGAACACCUUAACCUGCUUGACUCCAUGAGCCACCUGUUUUUCUUUAUUGCUGAAGUGGAUUCUGCUGGUGGAGGUUGAAGAGUCUGGACAAGCUGCUGCCACCGUGGCCUGGUAUUUUUUUUAAGGUAGUAUCGGUAAUAAUGGUAUAUGUCAUUUAAUUUGCCUAUUCGCCAGUUUUUCUAGUGAAGAGUUUCUUCAAUGCUUUUUGGGAGCUCAGUCCAACUCCACCAUCACUUGUGAUUUUUGUUGUCGUGAUAAUUGGAGGAUUACAUUCAGAAUCACCCGCUUAGGUGAUUAGAUUGUCAUCAGUUGUAAUAAAUUGUAAAUGUGUACAUAAUUUGAAUGUGUCCUUUGAGGUAAUUGGCCUCUGACAAAAGAUGAAAAAAUAAAUGAUAUUUUAACUAUG